AUGGCGUCACAGCUCCUCCCUGCCAUCCUCGACCACCGCGCCCAGUCUGACCCAGACCGUGUCUACGCCAAAUACCCCGUCUCCCCUACCUCCUACGCCCACGGCUUCCACACCGUCUCGUACCGCCAGAUGCGCCAUGCCGUCGACCGCGUCACGUGGCUGCUGGUCGACACCCUCGGCACGUGCGCCGCCGGCCAGUUCGAAACUCUUGCGUUUCUCGGGCCCAACGACCUGCGCUAUCACAUUGUGUUUUUCGCGGCCAUCAAGGCAGGAUACAAGGCAUUUCUGCCCUCUCCGCGCAAUAGUCUCGUCGCACAGAAGCAUUUGCUGGCUCGUCUGGAGUGCCGCGUCUUGGUGACCGUCGAUCCAGAACCGCCGUUUGUUUCGGCCCUUUUGCGAGAGGUUACCCUCCAGACAGUGCGAAUGCCAUCGCUAGACACGCUGUUUAAUAUAAAUGUCGAGUCUGUUACCCCCUAUCCGUAUACAAAGUCUUUUCAGGAGGCUCGGGAUGAUCCGGUGCUGGUCCUCCACACCUCUGGCUCGACGGGAAUCCCAAAACCUAUGAUCUAUACAAAUGAGUUCAUCUGGCGGAUCAACAAGGCAAACACUCUGCCCGCGCCGGAGGGCAUGUCUCGCGUCGACGAUCUGUUUCUGAGUGGAGAAUUCUUCUCUGUCCUGCCGGCCUUUCAUAUUGCAGGUGUCGGAUGGGGUAUCGUGCUCCCGCUGUUUGCAGACAGCGUCCCCGUCUUGCCGCUUCCCAGUCGCCCGCCGUCCACAGAUGGUUUCCUCGAGGCUGUCAGAUAUGGGUCCUUCUCCUGGGCCUUUCUCCUCCCACUCAUGGUCGAGGAGUUGAGUCGUGAUCCCGAGGCGUUGCAGCUGGUCUGCACAAAGCUGACCCAUCUCUUCUACACGGGCGGUGCGCUACCUCCCGCCGCCGGGGAAGUCGUAUCGACUAGAAUCCCUCUCUUCUCCGGUCUGGGAUCCAGCGAGUGCGCUGCAUUUCCUCAAAUCCGGAAUCCAGACCAUCCUGUCACGGAGACCUGGCGGUACCUCCACUUUCAUCCCGCUGCCUGUUCGGAAUUCCGACACUGCAUGGAUGAUCUAUACGAGUUCGUGAUUCUGAAGUCUCCCGACUCUCCCGAGGCGCAGCCCGUGUUUGCCAUGUUCCCCGCUCUGGAAGAAUACGAGACGCGGGACCUUUUCACUCCCCAUCCGAGUCUCCCAGGCCUAUGGAGGCACCGUGGCCGCCUCGACGAUAUUGUAGUCUUCCUCAACGGCGAGAAGACUAACCCCAUCUCAUUCGAAAAUGAGGUUAGUAGGCACCCGGCCGUGCGGACGGCCUUGGUGGCCGGUAACCAGCGCGUCGAGGCAUGUCUGUUAGUCGAGCCGUUGGAAACAUCGGAUUCUCCGAGAGCUGUGAUCGAGUCAGUCUGGCCUACGGUCGAGGCUGCAAAUCUCCAAUGUCCAGCCCAUGCCCGGGUCUCCAAAUCGAAGAUUCUUAUCGUGGAUGCGGAGAAACCGAUGGUACGCGCCGCAAAGGGAACUGUGCAGCGAGAAGCUACUCUGCGGCUGUAUGCCGCGGAGAUCGACGCGCUCUACUCUGAAACAGCUGUCGAAAAACAAGCUGCAAUGUCAUUCUCGAGCCUGGAAGAAGUUUUAAGUGCACUGCACUCACUAGUAGCCGAUACCACUGGCUGGCUGCAGUUUCAAGAUGACAUGGAUUUCUUCACACUGGGGAUGGACUCGUUGCAAACACUGCAGCUUAGUGCCACCAUUCGGUCCAAGCUGGGAAUCUCCAUCACUGCAAAUGACAUCUAUCGGAACCCAUCGGUCACCCUUCUCGCCAGACAUAUCUACCGGCAAGCAUCUGGACCGGUGGAUAUCGAGAGUCGUACGCAGGCUAUUACCCGGGUGCUGCAACAUUACGAAGAACAGAUUGACCAGCUCGCCUCUAAUACGCCUACCAAUGUGGUACAUCCGAAGACACCCCCUACCGUGCAAGUGGUUGUUCUGACCGGCUCAACUGGAACUGUGGGAUCGUUUCUUCUCGAUCAGCUCUUGAAAAAAACCGACGUCUCCCAUGUCUACUGUCUUAACCGUGCGCAGGAUUCUGGGUUGCUACAGGUAUCUCGCAACCGCGAGCGUGAUCUACCCGACAGCUUCCCUUCUAACAGGGUGACUUUCCUGACGGCCGAUCUCACAGAGCCCUCCCUUGGACUGGACAAGGCUACAUUUUGUACGCUUUUGGACCGAACAACACAGAUCAUCCACUGUGCCUGGCCAGUAAACUUCAACCAACCCCUGGCGUUCUUCCAACCCAGUUUGCAGGGCGUGACAGGGUUGAUAUCUUUCACCUUACAGGCAAAGAUGUCGCCAUCACUGCUAUUCCUCUCAUCCAUCAGUGCCGUCAGCUCAUUUGUCAAACCAGAGUCUGAUGGCGAGAGUCUUCUUCCAGAAGCGGUCAUACCGGACCCCGCUUGUCCAGCGCACAUGGGAUACGGCGAAAGCAAGUACGUGGCCGAGCGACUGCUGGAAUACGCAUCGACCAAGCUCCCCUCCCUGCGCGGAGGUGUGUCGCGAAUCGGCCAGGUGGCCGGCACCGCCCAGAACCCGCGAGGAUGGUCUCGGGCUGAAUGGCUGCCCAGUUUGAUUGUCAGCUCUCGCUACGUGAACGCCCUCCCGGACUCGCUUGGUAGACGGGGAGGACAGAUGGACGUGGUUGACUGGGUGCCCGUCGACGAGCUGGCAUCUAUCCUUGUCGAACUCUCCUCUUCUCUUUCCUUGACAUCCAGCACGGGCACCCUGCGCGUUUUCAACUGCGUGAAUCCUCGUUCCAUCCCUUGGUCCGACCUUAUCUCUAUCAUCGUCGAAGAAUUGACUUCAACCGGCGGAUCGUCCAUCGGCACUAUUAGCUUUCAGGAAUGGCUCGCCAGGUUACAGAGCAGUUCCGGCUCAGUCGAUGCAGAUGCCCUUCGACAGAAUCCGGCAGUUAAACUGCUGGAAUUCUACCAACAGCUGCUCGAAGACAAUCAGACUAGAGAUCCCGUCCGGCUGUCUACAGUCCAUACGGCGCGCGUGAGUCCUUCUCUGGCAUGUUUGCAGCCCAUCCAGGCGGAGUGGAUGCGUGGGUGGAUUAGAGAAUGGGUGUGA